CCUUCGUUUCGUGUAUAUAAAGGCAGAGGGAUUCUUGGCUCAGUGCAGUUGGGUCUUCGAUCAGGAAAACAACAUGAGGGUUCUGGUUCUUCUGGCAGUGUUGGGAGUGUGCUCGGCUGUCCCCUUCAUCCAGGACACGCCCGAAGUGCAGGCUGAGAAAGCACUUCUUCCAGAGCUUCCGUGCUGCUCAGGUUGCUGCCACUCCCCAGCAGGCCAUCCACCGCCCCGCCCGCCGCCCACCGCCCCUCGCCCGCCGCCCAGCCCCAGUGGUAUGGACCCGUGGCUGCCACCGUCCCCGCCGGCGUCGACGGCACCAUCACCCCCGUGGGCGACACCCACGAGGUGGCUGCCGCCCGCACCGCCUUCCUCAACGCCUACAACGCCCAGGUCAGGGCCACAGCUGGUGCAGCGCCUGCCGUUCCCCUCCUUCGCCCCGGCCUACAGCCCUGCUCCAGCGGUUCGUGCCGCCCCAGUCCAGCCCAAGUGGACCGGCCCCGUGGCAGCCACCGUCCCCGCCGGACUCCCAGGCUCCGCCCCCCAGGUCGCCGACACCCCCGAAGUCGCCGCCGCCAAGCAGGAGUUCUUCAACACGUUCCAGAGGCAGGCGGCAGCUGCGGCGCCUCCAUCGAGGAACUACUUUUAGACUACUUUGUGAUCUUCAAACCAAAACAUUACCAAAGCGAUCGAGGGAAUAAAGUUGAUUCAUCUAUUCUAAAAA